AUGGAGUUCUUCCUGGUUCUGAUUGCGGUACUCUCUCAUUUCCUGGCCCUCGAGGCCCAGAUCUUGGGGUCUUUGGCCGUGCCGAAAAGUCCUUAUUGCCAGCCCAAGCUGUGUCCGAAGGGACUGAAGCACGUGGCCUGCGAAAAGUCAAUCGCGAGCUUCUCCAGUUCCUGCUCCAUCCAGAGCCUGCAGCUGGUCAACCUGACGGAGCACACGGAAAGGAUCGUCAAGUUGCACAAUGAGCGCCGCAACCGCCUGGCCAACGGGAAGGAGCCCACCCUGCCACGAGCCGCCCGCUUGGUGGCAAUGCAGUGGAGCAGCGAGCUGGCCGACUUGGCGGAGUUCAAUGCCAAGAUGUGCAAGGCCCAGCACGACGACUGCCACAACAGCAAGACCUUUCCCAACUCCGGCCAGAAUAUUAUUGUCUUCAACCUGACCCACAACGUGGAGAACGAGCUAUUGGAAAAACUUGUCCCGGAACUCCUCUCCCUGGGCGCCCAGACUUGGUGGUCUGAGUACGAAAACAUGACCGCUGACUCUUUAAAGGUCUACUCCUGCGACGUGAAGGAGCAAAAGAUUUACCGACACUUUGCGGUCAUGGCCGUGGAGGGCAACUCGCAUGUGGGCUGCGCCGCUGCCCAGUACUUGGUACAGAACCUGACCCAGUUCAAGCUGACCUGCAACUACGCCCGGGCGCCGGUCUGCGGACAGCAGGUCUACAGUUUCCGGCCCGUGGGCUGUAAGACGGGCCGCAACAGGAAGCACUCGGCCCUCUGCUCUCCCGAGGAGCUGUUCCUCUGAUUACAGUUCCUCCCGCCGCAUCCUG